CCAACUCCGAGCAACAGUGGGUCUCGAAUACUUUCCUUUAUGCUCUUUCUAUGCUCGAGCUGCCCUUCUGUUCCGGCAAGUGUCGCUGACUGAAGUUGAGGAACGGAGGAGCUGUGGACUCGCGGAGUAAGUGCGGUAGAGCAGAAGGUGAGGAAGAGGAGAAAAUGGACAGCAGCGAAGAAGAAGAUGACUUCCCAUCCAUAGAAACCAUCACUCCUCAGUCCAAGAUCGACUCAACCUAUCAAUCCCACACUGAAAAGGGUAUCCGAAAACUUUGCUGCGAGCUCUUGGAUUUGAAGGAUGCAGUGGAAAAUCUGUGUGGCAAUAUGCAAACGAAGUACUUGGCUUUCAUGAGAAUGUCAGAUGAAGUAGUGGAAAUGGAGCAUGAAUUGGUUGAACUGCAGAAGCAUAUUUCAGGCCAGGGGAUUCUUGUGCAAGAUUUGAUGACAGGUGUUUGCCGUGAAAUAGAAGACUGGAAUGCUAUUGACGGUAACAAUGUCGCCUCCCAGCAAGAUGAUGAACUUGAAGACGUGUUAUGGAGUGAAGCAGACAAUCCUCAGGUGCUUUUUCUGGACAAUGUUGAUAUUCUUUUGGCUGAACAUAAGGUGGAUGAAGCACUCGAGGCUCUAAUGGCUGAGGAGAAAAGUUCUCCAGAACUGAAGGGCUUAACAGAUACUUCGUCAUCUGAAGAAUCAACUUAUAAAUCAGCUUUUCUGAAGAGAAAGUCAACUCUUGUGGAACAGCUAACUGAGAUUGUUCAACAUCCAUCUGCUAAAACUGUGGAAAUGAAGAAAGCCUUGGCUUCUUUAAUCAAACUUGGGAAAGGCCCUUUUGCUCAUCAAAUCCUUCUUGAAUUGUAUCGAUCACGCCUCCGCAAGAACAUUGAGGUGUUCUUACCUUCAUGCUCAUUGUGCCCCAAGACCUUCCCCGGGACACUUUGUAAACUUGUUUUCUCUUCUAUCUCAACAGCUACAAAAGAAUCCAUCCUCAUAUUUGGAGAUGAUCCUGUAUAUACUAGCAGAGUUGUACAAUGGGCUGAGUGGGAAAUUGAAUCUUUUGUGCGGUUGGUCAAGGAUAAUGCUCCUUCCCCAGACACAGUUUCAGCGUUAGAUGCUGCUAGUAACUAUAUUCUGGCUAGUCUUGCAUUUUGUUCAAUGUUGGAGCCACAGGGUCUAAAACUAUCAAAGCUUCUUCUGGUUCUCUUGCGUCCAUACAUUGAAGAAGUCUUGGAGUUGAAUUUUAGACGUGCAAGAAGGCUAAUUCUUGAUGUGACACAACCUGAUGAGAGCUCUGAACUAUCGACACACCUUGUGUCACCAUUAUCUGCUUUUGUAGCAUCCUCAGAUAUUGUUCUUGUUGACAGUGGGAUAAGAUUUAUGGACAUAAUUGAGGACAUACUUGUUCAGUUGACUCCUCCAGCUGUCAUGCAUUUUGGAGGAAGUGUGCUGAUGAGAAUAGCACAGCUAUUUGAUAAAUACAUGGGUGUGCUCAUCAAAUCUCUACCAGGACCCUCCGAUGAUGACAAUCUUACAGAGCUGAAGGAAGUCAUACCAUUCAGAGCAGAGACAGAUGCAGAACAACUUGCAUUGUUGGGAAUGGCAUUCACUAUUCUUGAUGAACUCUUACCUCAUGCUGUGAAGAUGGUUUGGAGUCUGAAGAAAGAAGGGAAGGAAUCUAAUGAUGACAUUGCUGCUUCAGCUGCUACUUCGAGCAUUUCCGGGGAGUUGAAGGACUGGAAGCGACAAUUGCAGCAUUCAUUUGACAAGCUUAAGGAUCAUUUCUGCCGCCAGUAUGUACUGAGUUUUAUCUAUUCAAGAGAAGGAAAGACACGACUUAAUGCACAAAUCUACUUCGAUGGCGACGGAGAGGAUUUAAUACGAAGCUCGGAACCUCUGCCUUCAUUGCCAUUUCAGGUUUUACCUUGGUCGAUCCUUUUCUGAAUGUUACAUGGAUUUACUUGUUAUAGACAUGCAUUUUUAUGUAUUAGGCACCCUGUCGGUUUUGGAUGAUGAGAACGAGUGCAUACAGUAAUUAACUUUCACUUAGGUGGAUUAUAAUGUGGGACACUCUUUUCGGUUUGGAAUUUUGUUCUGACAAGAUCUUUGAACUUCGCAUUUCAGGCACUGUUUGCAAAGCUGCAGCAGUUUGCAACUGUGGCAGGAGAUGUAUUACUCGGGAAAGAGAAAUUACAGAAACUCUUGCUUGCUCGGCUCACUGAAACAGUAGUCAUGUGGCUUUCUGAUGAACAGGAAUUUUGGGGUGUAUUUGAGGAUUCUGCUAUUCCAAUUAAGGCACUAGGGUUGCAGCAGCUACUUCUUGAUAUGCAUUUCACAGUGGAACUUGCCCGUUUCGCUGGUUACCCAUCCAGGCAAGUGCACCAAAUCGCCUCAGCCAUAAUUGCUCGAGCAAUCAGGACUUUCUCAGCAAGAGGAAUCGACCCACAAAGUGCCCUACCGGAAGACGAAUGGUUUGUUGAGACUGCAAAGUCGGCCAUCAACAAGCUUCUGGCUGGGUCGGAAUCUGAGGUUGACGAUGACGACGAUGGGCACAUAAUUUCUCAUGGGAAUAGCAUCUCAGACUCCGACGAUACAGCUUCUUCCCUCUCAUCGGUAGAAUCCACCGAGUCAUUUGUAUCAGCAAGUAUGGGUGAAAUUGAGAGUGCUGGGGAUCUGACUGAUCCUGAAGCUUGAAGAGUGAUCAACACACCGCCAAGCCUCCCUUUGCUGUGCGCCUCUCUCCCUACAACUAGAAAUCUGAAAUAUGCAGUGUUCAGAUGGCAGCUUCCCUUAUGGUUAUCAAUCAAUGUAGCAGUUUCUAUGUAUUGAGAAUAGAUUAGACAUUAAUUAAUAGUGUAUACUUGUGAUUAGAAUUAUGGUGCUAACUAUUGAUCGCUUAGUUCUUAUUUCGGACAGUUAAUUGAUUACUAACCCUGACUUUGUUUGUCUGGAG